AUGUCUGAUAUCAAGAAGAUUCACACCGCCAACGCGUGUCCUCCUGCCGGACCCUACACACAAGCCAUCGUCGCAGGCCCUAAUGUCUUCGUCUCGGGCCAGAUCCCCGCCGAUACCAAGGGCAACUUGAUCGAGGGAAGCAUCGCAGACAAGACCAAGAUGUGCUGCGAGAACAUCAAGGGCAUUCUCACUGAGGCUGGUGUUGCUAUGGACAGGAUCGUCAAGGUCAACGUCUUCCUCGACGACAUGGCCAACUUCGCCGAGAUGAACGGCAUGUACGAGCAGUACUUCUCCCACAAGCCUGCGCGCAGCUGUGUUGCGGUCAAGCAGCUGCCCAAGGGUGUGCCGGUGGAGAUUGAGUGCAUUGCGUAUACUGGAUUCUAUACUAACGGUAACAUGCGCCUUUUGCAUGCCUCUGGCGACGACUUCGAACUCGUUGAGUUUAUUCGCUACAUGCCAACAUACGCAAUAUUAUCACAUACCUGGGGCGCCGACGAGGAUGAAGUCACAUUCAAAGACAUAUACAAGGGCAAGGGCAAGGGAAAAAAGAAGCCCGGCUACGCCAAGCUCCAGUUUUGCGCAGCGCAGGCGGCUAAAGAUAAGCUCGAAUUCUUCUGGGUUGAUACAUGCUGCAUCGACAAGAGCAGUAGCGCGGAAUUAGCUGAAGCCAUUAACUCGAUGUUUAAGUGGUAUCGAGAUUCGACAGCAUGCUACGUAUACCUCUCCGAUGUACCCAGCACAGGCACCCCGUAUUUGCAGAGCAACAAGCAGCCAUCUUUCAAGGGUAAUCGAUGGUUCACACGUGGAUGGACGCUUCAGGAGCUUUUAGCACCAAGGACUGUUGUCUUCUUCAGUGUGGACGGCACAAGAAUUGGAGACAGGUCUUCCCUUGCAAAACAAAUUGCACGUGAGACGAGCAUCCCUGUAGCCGCAUUGGAGAACGGUUCAGACUUUAUGCUCAAGUAUCCUGUUGAAGAGCGCAUGAACUGGGCAAGAUAUCGUCACACGAAACGCGAGGAAGAUGCCGCCUACUGCCUUCUUGGCAUUUUCGAAGUUCAGAUGCCGCUCAUAUACGGCGAAGGCAAAGAGAAAGCUUUUGGUCGCCUGCAAAAGGAGAUCGAAGAUGUGCAUGGCAGGCGUGACUGGGUUGACAACCUCUUGCAUCGGUACGAGCUCCCAUUGUUGCAGAGAGAGCUGCAGAGACUGAACGACAUCGUAUUCGAUAACGCAAUGAUGCAAGGCAUAGACCAGCAAAGCAUACACAUGCGAGAGAUCAUGCGGCGCAUGCAGAAGGGGGUUAUAUAG